AAAGAACACUUCAGUCUUAUCUUGAAUAUCUUUUCUUACAACUCAAGCCGGUUGAAGUCGAAGCAUCCAAGAUGGCCCGUUGCUAUCAUUAAAAUUAAGUGGACCCUAGCUUUCGUUCCUGCAUCAGUGGCCGGGAUGACUGCGCAACAACCACCUCAAGCUCGGGUUAGGGUUACGGAUUAGUGUCAACCUGCUGUGCCUCUUCACCAGGCAUCACAGUGUACAGCCAACAGCAAGAACUGGCGAAGACGCACGUCUUGUGCAUAUGCCCCGCUUGACAGCCUCUAUAUCAGCUGCUCUGCCCCAAGCACGAUGCUGCCGAUACUCUUCCCUCCUCGUCAUCUCAUUCUGAAUUUUCCCAGCAACAAUGGCUGAGGUCGCGAACAUUGUUGCAGGCGUCUUUCAGUUGAUUCCUCUUUGCAACGCCGGAUUCGUUUUGAUCAAAGAUGUUGUACAGCUGGAGCAGAAACUGAGCGAGCAACGGAUACGGAUUCAGAAUCAUCAAAACAAUUUCCGGUCAUGGUGUGAAAUAUGGGGACCCUCCGAAACUCGAGAACGAAAGUUCAAACACUACGCCCAGGACAACCCAGUGAGCGCCAAAGCUGUGCUGCGUCAGCUGGCUCUCAACUCUCGCCUGUUCUUUGACAUCAAAGGCCUUGACCGAUACGGCUUCGAGAUCAAGAAGCUGAUACCCACGGACCACCGAAUUCAACACCUUGACGAUUUUCACUUUGAAACCAAUGCUGACCUCGACCCGCAAAACAUUAACCGCUUCGAGACCAAAUGCAACACCAACUUAUUGGUGAUGAGAAGAAUCCAGUUCUUACUGGUAAGCGGUGGAAAGGGCGUCGAUGAACUGAUUGUAAGAUUCCGAGAGUUCAAUGAGGUCUUAUGGGGUUAUGGCCAGCCCUUGGAACUGGCCCGUCUAAACAAGGGCAUAUACGACAACCUCAAUCAGCUGACGGGAGAUCAACUAAAUAAACUUCUCGCCGCCUAUACGCGGGAGUCUGAGACCUCAAGAGACUCAGUGGGUGCUGGUAACUAUCGUUCGUUGGCAAAGAUGGUCAACUUGCGAGCCCAUGCCAUCCAGGGGGCUCCUGGAAGACCCCAUGUGUUUGGAGCCAGUUCGUUUCACAUGACAGACAACUACAGAGUAGACAGUCGCGGCACGUUCACGAUGGCGCUUCUUUACGAUUACCCAAAGAAAGGUGAUCACCGAGUCGCCCUCAUAGAAUGGGCGCAGAACGCACAGAUUUCAGGCAAAAGACGGGAGAUUGAGAAACUGGCACUUCUAUUGAAUGUUCCCAAGCCAGACGAGAUGUCUAUGCUUGACUCCUAUGGAAUAUUAGACGACCUACAACGCACCAACCGGCUUGGUUUUGUCCUAAAACCGCCCAUCAAUAUCCGAACUAAUCUUCCUCAACCAUUGCCACCAGGAGCCAUCUCGGAACGACGGAUGCCCAUCAACUUGAGACAACUCAUCAAAACACGGGAUGGUCUGGACCUAGGCGUGAGGUUCGACAUUGCCAAGAAGCUUGUUGAUGCUGUCCACAUGAUGCAUGCCGUAGACUGGGCGCACAAGUAUGUUGCCCCAUCACACUUUAAGCCUGACGCGGCUAAUCGUUUACAUAGAAACAUCCGACCCAACAACAUUUUGUUCUUCCCUCUGGGCAGUAUUGGCGACGAAUCCUCGACCCAAGCCGCCCACAGAGUCUUUGACCUUUCGAGUCCUUUCAUCGCUGGUUAUAGCAACGGCGCAGCUUCUGGUAUCAACUUGAAACUCGACUACUACGAGCAUCCAGCAAGACGCAACGACCCUCAAAUAGCCUAUCGACGCCUUUAUGAUCUCUAUAGUCUGGGCUGUGUCUUGCUUGAAUUGGCGCUCUGGACAACGAUAGACAAGCAAAUUGAGCACGAUCCCGGGAGCAGAGAAGCGUCUUACAAGGUCAUCCGAGCGCUUUCCCUUAAACCUACGUUGGAUAGGAUGGUGGGCAAGAUCUUUGCAGACGUCAUCCGCGACUGUAUCGCCCUGGGUGAGAAGAGUUCACUCGAGAACCCUGCAAAGUUCGGCACGGAAAUCGCAUCCAGGUUGGCUCAGUGUGUUGCAUGAGGUCUUUAUACUUCGAUCAGGCGUGGCCUUUGUUCAUUCUCAAGGACAAUACCUACAUCUCAAGUCACCGCUUCCACAAUUCUUCCGUCGGGACACCCUAGUAACUCAAAAAGCCUACGUAUUACCUUUCAACGCCUGUCGGCUAUCCUUGGAGACCACGUACCUCAAGCAAUCACAAGUUCGAGGGGAAUGAUAUGAAAGUUUGACUUGCUUACCCUCCCUCCCCCUCCACACCCCAAACCAGACUUAAUAUCGCCAGCGUCGUUAAAAAUUUGCUCAUCUGACUGAA